AUGCCAGAUCUCAGAACGCUAAAUAAACGGGAGCAUCAGCUCAGAAAAUCGCUUGAAGGAAUUCAGCAAUUCGUUGCUGGAUAUCAAGCAAGCAGAGAUGCGCGACAGGUCUGCGUACGUCUGGAGGCAUUGGAGACAGUAUAUGGCCAGUUCAUCGAUAUUCGUAUGCAGAUUGAGCUGCUUUUAGAAGACGCAGUCGGGAAAGGCGAUAAACAAGAAGAAGAAGCGUUGACGGAGGCGAAUGACAAGGUGAGGCGGGACUUCGAAGACAAUUUCUAUGCAUUGAAGGCAGACCUACUGGCCUUCAAGGUGGUUGGCUCCAAUACACCGUCGACUUCUACGGGCCAGCAGUUCGAUUUGCAAGCGGUAUCCCAGUUUGCAAAGUUCACUUACCUCCGGUCCUCCUUGUCUGGUGAUGCACUACAGGAAGUUAGUUCAAUCGACUUGUCAGCGGCCAAUUACACUGUAGCAUGGAAGGCACUGGAGGGUCGUUACGAAAAUAAAAAACUUAUCGUCAAAGCGCAUCUUGACGCUCUUUUCGCGGUGGAUAGCCUCAAGAAGGAGACAUAUGAAGGGCUUAAUCAACUGAUAGGCGACUUCGAGAAAAACCUGCAGAUGCUGGAGAAAAUCGGUGAGAAGCCGUCAGACUGGAGCACUAUUCUAGCCUACAUGGUGUGUACAAGAUUGGACUUGGCGACUUUACGGCAGUGGGAAACCCACCACAACAGCAAAGAAGUGGCGAAGUACAGAGACUUGAUGGACUUCCUCAAGAGCCACUGUUCUGUGCUGCAGUCUGUGGCACCACUUAAACCCUCCACUUCCAACCAACAACGAUCGUCCCAUGCAGCGGUGUGCCAUACGACAUUCAAAUCGACAGCAACCUGCUGGUUUUGCAGUGAACCUCGCCAUUCCGUGUUCCAGUGCGUCAGGUUCCAACGGAUGACCGUGUCGGAGAGGAUUGAAGCUGCCAACAAGAACAAGCUUUGUCGGAACUGUUUGUAUCCAGGGCAUUUCGCCAGAACGUGCGAGAAGGGAACGUGUCGUCAGUGUCGCCAGAAGCAUCACACACUGCUGCACAUUGAACAGUCUACAUCCUCCGAUCCACCCACGCAGUCAAGACCUCCGACAGUCAAUCAACAACACAGACAGCCACAACAGCGAUCUACACCACCGAACCAACAGACUCGGACUGCUAACACUGCCAACACACAUGACUCACACACACAGCCAGCCACAGAACACGCCACCACAAGCCAAACACAUGUAGCCCUCCCCAUAACACCGACACAAAACAUAGUUUUAUCCACCGCCUUGGUCAGCAUUAGAGACCGCUAUGGCAGAUCCGUGCUGGCACGAGCGCUGCUGGAUUCGUGUUCGCAGCACUGUCUAAUGACAUCAAGUUUCGCUAGCAAACUCAAGCUAGACGAAAUGCCAGUCUAUUUGGCGAUUCAAGGCAUUGGAUCGACUCAAAUUGCUUCCACCAGGCUGGUUACCGCCGUAGUUAGUCCAAGAUCGGUAAAUAUUUCAUCGUUUGCCGAAGAAAUGCAGUUCCAUGUGCUGCCGAAGCUCACCGUGUCACUGCCUACGGCAAGCUUCUCCGUUACAACGUGGAAUCUCCCAGAUUCGGCGCUUCUUGCGGAUCCCAGGUUCUACGAAACAGGACCGAUCGAUCUUAUAAUCGGAGCUGAAUAUUACAUGGAACUGCUGAAGGAGGAAAGACGGAAAGCUACGGAUGAUGGUCCGACGGUGCAAGACACCGUAUUUGGAUGGAUUAUUUCCGGUCGUGUUCCUGAAGUUCCUGUUAGUGCAUCGUACUCGGUAGUUCACGUGUGUUCAACGGCGGAGAUACAAGAACAGCUUUCAAGGUUCUGGGAAGUGGAAACUUGUCAUUCAGCCACUACAUUUUCGGUCGAAGAGUCGACCUGUGAAGAAAUCUUCGACAGAACAACGUUCAGGAACGAAGAAGGAAGGUACGUAGUUACGUUGCCGAAGAAAGAAGGAGUGAUCCAGCAAUUAGGCGAGUCAAGAUCUACAGCAGUCAAGCGCUUCAUAGGGAUGGAGCGGAGGUUUGCAAUCAAUCCGGAGUUGAAGGUGCAAUACGUGGAGUUUAUGAACGAAUAUCUGGCCAUGGGCCACAUGCGAGAGAUUUCCGAGGAAGAAACGAGCCCGUCGUCGUAUUACUUGCCUCAUCAUGCUGUUAUGAAGCCGGACAGCACAACGACAAAGUUGCGAGUCGUUUUCGAUGCGUCAUGCCGGACAUCCAGCGGCGUUUCCCUGAACGACGCUCUGAUGGUGGGACCUGUCGUUCAGGACAUGAUUGUGGACAUUGCGCUCCGUUUCCGGACACACCGAUUCGCUCUCGUAGGGGACGUCGCCAAAAUGUAUCGCAUGAUACUGCUGAAUCCAGAUGAUCAGCAGCUGCAGAGGAUCGUUUGGAGAGAUAGUGCUGCGGAACCGAUCCGAACAUUCGCUCUCGCUACGGUUACGUAUGGUACGGCAGCAGCUCCAUACUUAGCAACGAAGUGUCUUCAGCGUCUGUCAGAUGAAGGCCAAGAUGCGUAUCCCAGAGCUGCCAAAAUCAUCAGGAAGGACUUCUAUGUAGAUGACAUGCUGUCUGGUGUGGACAAUAUCGAAGAAGGAAAGUUGCUCAUAGGCCAGAUCAUAGUACUGCUGCAAUCUGCGGGAUUCUCUUUACGAAAGUGGAAUUCAAACAGCAAAGAAUUGCUGUCAGCGGUGCCGGAGGGAUUGAGAGACGAACGGACGAUCUUGGACUUGGAUUCGUCGUCCGCUGCCGUAAAAACUUUAGGUUUGACCUGGGAGCCCGGCACCGACUGCUUCCGUUUCAGAUCCCCAAGCUGGGAUGAGUCUGCAGUAAUAACGAAGCGAUGCGUUCUAUCAGAUGCCUCUCGACUAUUUGAUCCGAUAGGGCUAGUGGGCCCGGUCAUCGUCCAGGCGAAAAUUUUCCUACAAGAGCUGUGGAAACAAGACUGUGGGUGGGACGAUCCACUGAACCCACAAUUACAAGACCAGUGGCGUGAGUACCGGCGGAAUUUGGUAGGUCUGGUAGACAUUGCUGUCCCACGGUGGGUGGGAACUAGUUGCAACAACGAAUUGGUAGAGCUCCAUGGCUUCUGCGACGCUUCAAUGAAGGCUUACGGUGCCUGCAUCUACAUCCGCACGGUUGAAGCAGACGGAAGCGUUCAAGUACACCUGCUGACCUCCAAAUCUCGUGUAGCUCCGCUCGAGAAUUUGAAGAAAAAUAAGAAGUCUCUAUCCAUUCCUCGACUAGAGCUGUCAUCAGCACUGCUUCUCACACACCUGUACGAGAAAGUCGUCAAAAUAUUCACAUGGAAGCAGUUCGUAGCAAAUCGCGUCUCUGAAAUCCAGCACGUUACGAAAGGGAGUGACUGGAACCACGUUGCUGGAGAAGACAACCCUGCGGACAUCAUUUCCCGUGGCAUGUCGCCGACACAACUGCACUAUGAAUCGCGCUGGUUCCAUGGACCGAAUUGGCUGAUACUGGAUCGGCAAUACUGGCCUGAUUCCAAGCGGAUCGACGAAAGCAGCAUCGACAAGAUGGAUUUGGAAGAGAAGGUUGUUGUUGCUGUCCUUCCAACCAUUUCACCAAGCGAGAUAUUCGGCCUUCGUUCGUCGCUAGCAGAUCUAAUACGGUUGACAGUUCAUAUCCGUCGAUUUAAAUGGAAUGCAUCGCCUGCAAAUCGGUUCAACAGAAAGGUCGGCUACAUCACUUCCCAAGAGUAUGACGAUGCUCUCAAUGGGCUGGUGAAACAAUCGCAGAGAGAAAGUUUCUCACAGGAGUUAGCAGAUAUCGCCAGAUACGGCCAGGUGCAAGACUGUUCCAGAAUCUCUGGAUUGAAUCCUCAACUUGCCGACGGUAUAUUGUGCGUUGGCGGCCGGUUGAGUAAUGCAGCCGUACCAGAUAGUCGGAAGCAUCCGUACAUCCUCGAUCACCGUCAUCCCCUCACAAAACUCAUCGUAGUUUAUUACCAUCGGAAGUACUUCCAUGCUGGCCAGCAGCAGAUGGUAUCGGCAGUUCGAGAACAAUUCUGGCCCACGAGCGUCAGGAACCUCGCAAGACAAGUGGUCCACGAAUGUGUCCAAUGUUUUCGUGCGAAACCUAAAAUCCAAGAUCAACUGAUGGCUGAUUUACCUCCGGCAAGAGUUCGGCCAUGUUUUCCCUUCCAAAGGGUCGGAGUAGACUACUGUGGCCCAUUCUACGUGUCGUACCCGCAACGUCGAGCACGGCCGAUUAAGUGUUUCGUGGCCGUAUAUGUAUGCCUAGUUACCAAAGCGGUACACUUAGAACUAGCAGCGGAUCUGACCACACAGGCGUUCCUGGGAACUCUGCAUCGUUUUUCGCGGAAACUGAAUGAACUUGUGCAGCUAUUCGCUAGCCAACAAUUCAAUGAGGAGGUACUACGGCAGACUGCCGAAGAUAGAAUCGAGUUCCAGUUCAUACCAGCUCGUUCGCCCAACUUCGGUGGACUGUGGGAAUCAGCGGUCAAAUCGUUCAAGAACCUGUUCAAGCGAACAAUUGGCACUCGCGCUUUGCAGUAUGACAAGAUGCAGACAUUCUUGACAAAGGCAGAAGCGAUCUUAAAUUCGAGGCCGCUGACACCGAUCAGCAAUGAUCCGGACGAUUUCGAGGCCCUCACACCAGGACAUUUCUUGAUCCAGCGGCCUCUGAUUGCUAUUCCGGAGCCUGACCUUGCUGGCAUUCCGGAGAAUAGGCUUUCGGCUUGGGAAAUGGAAACAAAAUUUACCCAGCAAUUGUGGAGAAAAUGGUCCAAGCAAUACCUGUCCAAUCUCCACAAUAGGACAAAAUGGACACGACAAAGGAACAACAUUGCAGUUGGCACCAUGGUUGUUCUUAAAGAGGAAAAUUUGCCACCGUUAAAGUGGCAACUGGCACGGGUGGUAGAAGUUCACCCAGGGUCCGACGGGAACAUACGAGUUGUAACCGUUCGAACAAAAGACGGCAGUUACCAGCGAGCGAUCUCUAAGAUCUGUGUGCUGCCAAUCAGAAACAAUAAUUCGUUAUCCGAUGGGGAGAACUAG